AUGGAGCCCGCGUCGCGGCGGCCGCGGCGGAGGAGCCGCCAGCUGGUGGCCACCUUUCUGCGCGACCCCAGCUCGGGACGCGUCUACCGGCGCGGGAAGCUGAUUGGCAAGGGCGCCUUCAGCCGCUGCUACAAGCUGACUGACAUGUCCACCAGCGCCGUGUUCGCCCUCAAAGUGGUGCCGCGCGGCGGGGCCGGGGGCGGCGCGGGGCGGCUGCGCGCUCGGGGGAAGGUGGAGCGGGAGAUUGCCCUGCACAGCCGCCUGCGCCACCGGAACAUCGUGGCCUUCCACGGACACUUUGCUGACGGCGACCAUGUGUACAUGGUGCUGGAGUACUGCAGCCGCCAGUCCCUGGCCCAUGUGCUGAAGGCCCGGCAGACCCUGACAGAGCCAGAGGUACGCUACUACCUGAGAGGCCUGAUCAGCGGCCUGCGCUACAUGCACCAGCGGCGAAUUGUGCACAGAGACUUGAAGCUCAGUAAUUUCUUCCUUAACAAGAAUAUGGAAGUGAAGAUUGGAGACCUAGGGUUGGCUGCCAAAGUAGGGCCUGGGGGCCACUGCCACAGAGUGCUCUGCGGGACUCCCAACUUCCUGGCCCCAGAGGUGGUGUCCAGAAAGGGACACUCAUGCCAGUCAGACAUCUGGGCCUUGGGCUGUAUCAUGUAUACCGUGUUGACUGGCACGCCCCCUUUCACGGGGACACCCCUGUCAGAGAUGUACCAAAAUAUCCGUGAUGGCCACUAUCCAGAGCCUGCCCACUUAUCACCGAACGCUCGCCGACUCAUCGCCCGCCUCCUGGCACCCAACCCAGCUGAGCGACCCAGCUUGGACCACCUGUUGCAGGAAGACUUCUUCACUCAGGGCUUCACUCCGGAGCGGCUGCCUCCCCAUUCCUGUCACAGUCCCCCCAUCUUCGCUUUCCCCCUGCCUCUGGGCAGGCUGUUCAGGAAGGUGGGACAGCUGCUGGUGACUCAAUGCGGGCCACCCUGUCCCUUCACUCCCAAUACGGCCUCAGGUCCAGGAGAAGAGGGGCCAGAACCGGAGUCCAUGGAGUGGGGCAGUGAGAGAAGGGCUCCCGGCCCCGAGGCUCCCCUCCACCCCAUCACACAGGGAAUCCUGCGGAGUGACCCGGCAGGAUCUGGGAAGAGCCCACUGCAGGAGGUGGAGGCAGCCAUCAGGAAACUGCGGCUUUGCCUGGAGGCCGGCCUCGUGGCCAUGCAGGCCCCCCCAGGGGAGCAGCGGCCCAUUCUCUGGGCUCCCAGAUGGGUGGACUACUCUAGCAAGUAUGGCUUUGCCUACCAGCUGUCGGAUGGGGGCAGUGGUGUUCUGUUCCGGGACGGUACCCACAUGGCCUUGCGCCCUCCAGGCAGGUAG